AUGCGGCCCCAGCUGAGCCGGGCAGGGCCUGGGAGAAGCAGCCAAGGGUCCCUGCCCAUGAGCAUCCCUGCUGCUGGGCACACUGGCUCUCUCCUUUCCCAUGGGAAGCACUUGCUCUGGGUCCCUGGGCGGCCCUUCCUCACCCUGUUGCUGCUGGUUUUCAUCAAGCAAGCUACAGGAUCUCUCCUUGAGGAGACAACUCGGAAGUGGGCUCAGUACAAGGAGAAGUGCCUGAGAGACUUACUCAAGGAACCUUCUGGCAUAUUUUGUAAUGGAACCUUUGAUCAGUAUGUGUGCUGGCCUCAUUCUUCUCCUGGAAAUGUCUCUGUUCCCUGCCCUUCAUACCUACCUUGGUGGAAUGAAGAGAGCUCAGGAAGAGCCUACAGACACUGCUUGGCUCGGGGAACUUGGCAGACCCUAGUGAACGCCACAGAUAUUUGGCAGGAUGACUCUGAAUGCUCCGAGGACCACAGCUUCAAACAAAAUGUGGAGAAUUAUGCCUUGCUGUCAACUUUGCAGCUGAUGUACACUGUGGGAUACUCCCUCUCUCUUGUCUCCCUCCUCCUGGCUCUUACACUCCUUUUGUUUCUUCGAAAGCUCCACUGUACACGCAACUACAUCCACAUGAACUUGUUUGCUUCGUUCAUCCUGAAAGCCCUGGCUGUGCUGGUGAAGGACAUUGUCUUUGAUAACUCUUACUCCAAGAGGCCAGACAAUGAGAGUGGGUGGCUGUCCUAUCUGUCAGAGAUAUCCACCUCCUGCCGCUCGGUCCAGGUUUUCCUGCACUACUGCGUGGGUGCCAACCACUUAUGGCUGCUGGUGGAAGGCCUUUACCUGCAUGCACUGCUAGAGCCCACGGUACUUCCUGAAAGGCGGCUGUGGCCCAGAUACCUGGUGGUGGGUUGGGCCUUCCCUGUGCUGUUUGUGGUGCCCUGGGGUUUUGCCCGUGCACACCUGGAGAACACGGGAUGCUGGGCAACAAAUGGGAAUAAGAAAAUCUGGUGGAUCAUCCGAGGACCCAUGUUGCUUUGUGUAAUGGUUAAUUUCUUCAUUUUCCUGAAAAUUCUCAGACUUCUCAUUUCUAAGCUCAAAGCCCAUCAAAUGUGCUUCAGAGAUUAUAAAUACAGACUGGCAAAAUCAACACUGGUCCUCAUUCCUUUAUUGGGUGUCCACGAGAUCCUCUUCUCUUUCAUCACUGAUGACCAAAUUCAAGGAUUUUCGAAACUCAUACGACUCUUCAUUCAAUUGACAUUGAGCUCCUUCCAUGGGUUCCUCGUGGCCUUGCAGUAUGGCUUUGUCAAUGGAGAGGUGAAGGCUGAACUGCGGAAGUUCUGGGUCCGAUUCUUGCUGGCCCGCCACUCAGGCUGUGGCGCCUGGGUCCUGGGGAAGAACUUCCGGCUCCUGGGGAAAUGUCCUAAGAAGCUCUCAGAUGGAGAUGGUGCUGAGACACUUCGGAAGCUGCAGUCCUCACCUGUCGGCUGUCACCUGGCCACACGGGGCCUGGGGGAGCUGGGUGCCCAUCCUCACCGGAACCACACAGCCUGGCCCCGUGGCAGCAGCCUGUCUGAGAGCAGUGAGGGGGACUUCACCCUGGCCAACACCAUGGAGGAGAUUCUGGAAGAGAGUGAGAUCUAG